CGGCGCUGCCCGGCGCCGGGGCUCUCCCGGCGCCGCUCCGCAAGGCGCGGCUGCCGCUUCCCCGCCCCGGCGCGGGGCCGUCCCUCGUCCCCUCCCUCCCUCCGCCCCGUCCCCGCCCGCCGCGGCAGCCCCGAGCGGGAGGCGGCGGAGGGAGGCGGGAGCCAUGCGGGAGUACAAGGUGGUGGUGCUGGGCUCGGGCGGCGUGGGCAAGUCCGCCCUUACCGUGCAGUUCGUGACCGGCUCCUUCAUCGAGAAGUAUGACCCCACCAUCGAGGACUUCUACCGCAAGGAGAUCGAGGUGGACUCGUCGCCGUCCGUGCUGGAGAUCCUGGACACGGCGGGCACCGAGCAGUUCGCCUCCAUGCGGGACCUCUAUAUCAAGAACGGGCAGGGCUUCAUUCUGGUGUACAGCCUGGUGAACCAGCAGAGCUUCCAGGACAUCAAGCCCAUGCGGGACCAGAUCAUCCGCGUCAAGAGGUACGAGCGGGUGCCCAUGAUCCUGGUGGGCAACAAGGUGGACCUGGAGGGCGAGCGCGAGGUCUCCUUCGGGGAGGGCAAGGCGCUGGCCGAGGAGUGGAGCUGCCCCUUCAUGGAGACCUCGGCCAAAAACAAAGCCUCUGUGGACGAGCUGUUCGCCGAGAUCGUCAGGCAGAUGAACUACGCGGCGCAGCCCAACGGGGACGAGCCGUGCUGCGCCUCCUGCGCCAUCCUCUGAGGGCGGCGGCGGCCCCGCGCCCCGGCGGGCACGCUCGGGGAGAAAACAUCGGCAGCAAAACUCAUCGUGGUGGAAAUGUGGCUUUUCUCGGCAUGUACGUUUCGUCCAGUCUCGGUCAUGGCAUAUUUCCUGUCAGUGUCGGCGGCGGGCGCGGGAGCGGCCGGUCCCGCCGCCCGGGGAGCGGAGCCACGCGGGGAACCCGCCCCGGGACAGGCGCGGGGAGCCCGGCGGGGAGCGGGGCCCGCACCCCCGGGACAGCCCCGGGAUAGCCCCGGGAUAGCGGGGCCACAGCCCCGGCACAGCGGGGCCGCACCCCCGCGACAGCCCCGGCACAGCCCCGGGAUAGCCCCGGGACAUCCCCGGGAUAGCGGGGCCGCACCGCCGGGACAGCCCCGGGACAACCCCGGCGCAGCCCCGGCCCAGCGGGGCCGCAGCAGCCCGGUGCAGCGGGGCCCGUCCCGGUGCAGCGGGGCCCGUCCCGGUGCAGCGGGCCCGUCCCGGCGCGCUGCCCGCCGUCUCUAUGCAAGCGGGAGCGGUGCGGGGCCGUCCCGCCCGGAGAGUUGCACAUGGAACUGGGACUGUGACCCGAUCGGUGCUGCCAGGCACGGGGCGCCGGGCAGCGCCGCCGAUACCCCUGGAAUAAUGCUCUAUUUUGUUUACCUGCUGUAUCGGAUGGGAGUUUGCAGGAGAGUGGUAGCGUGGUGGUUUUUCUCCUGGUUUUGUUUGGUUUUUUGGUUUUUUUUUUUAAAUCAGCUGUGAAAAUGUUACAAAUCUGCACAAUUGUUUAGGUGUGCGUGUGUGUGUGAUUUCGUUGUGGUUUUGGUUUUUCCUUUGGCGGGAGGGGGAGGGCGGUGGUGCUUUUUUUGCCGAGGGGUUUUGGAUUUGGGUUGGCAAUCCCUGAUUUUGAUGACUAGCUCUCUCAAGUGCAAAGACUUCCCAUGAGUGAUGCAGGGCCAACGGCAGCCCUGUGUCUGUAGAGUGCCUUCAAAACUCAGCUGUUCCAGCCGGUGCCAACCUGUGAAAGCUCCACAGAAUCCCAUUAUCUACUACUCCAAAAACUACUUAACAGUUUCCUUGCAGUAAUCACACCGAGCAAGCCAGGACAAAAGGGCCUAUUGUUAGUGGAAUUUAUUUCUUAUUUCCAUCUGAGCCUUUUAAGUGUUAUUUCCAUGUCUUGCAAGUUUGGCCUUCAUUUACUUCAAAUUUACAAGAAUUUAGCCUUUUGGGAUUUUUGGGUGGGGGGGCUUUUUUUAAUUUUUUGGUUCUAUUUCCCCUUGAUUUUGUCGUGGGAUGUGCCUCCAGCCAGCAAAGAAGGAAAUCUUAUCUUUGUGAUGUACCAAGAAAAUUCUAACAACUGUCAUUUUAAUUGCAGACAUGCAUUGAAGAGAUGUCUAUCCAUUUGAAGAAUUUUAAUACAAAUGCUGUUUUUUAGAAAACAACUUUGUGCAUUGUUAUGUAUCACAUGAAACACUGACUUUCACACAGGCUCUUAAUCCAGAUUUAUAUCUCAGUAGCACUGAAAGGUGGAGGGGUCGAUUUAGCUGAGAACAGUGGUGAAAAAAAGGCCAACCACAAGAUUGCUGUUUGACCUGAUCUUCAGUCAUUUUUGAUGCAGGUUUUUGCUUGUAUGCAGGUCCUGGCCCAGUAUGCUGCCAAGCUGUGGGGAGAAGGCAGCUUUAAGAAGGGAGUGUGGGCUUACUGCAACAGGCCCUGUAAGAUUUGGUCCUUUUUCCCUGCUGGAAGCAGCGUGGUUUAUUGGGGUGAAGUUCUAAAGGUCAAUUCAUUAUGAAAUUAAAACUUUUAGUCUCGUUUAUAUGUAAAGUUACAAACCAGCCCUUUUUGUUUUCUGGCUUGCAGAGGGGCUGGGGUGGGAGGAGACCCGUGGCUCCCAUCAGCUGCACGGCCCAAGGAGCUGCUUUACCUGUCCUUUCCCUCUCUCUGCCCUUCUUUAAAGGUCUGCACACAAAACCUGCAGCAGCUCUCUUUUUCCUUCUCCCCCCUGUCCCAAGAAGUCUUGAAAUUAUCUUACAUCUCAAAAACAAAGGUUGAACAGGGGUUUUUAGUCAGGCCAACUGAACAGCGACGGCCACGAUUCCUCUGUGACCCUGGUAAUUUCUCCUGUUUUCGGCAGGAGAACUUUGUGCCCCAGCCCUGGAGGGCAGUGUCAUUUUGAUGCCCCUGCUGCCUGGGCUCUCCCUCUGAUCAACACAUCAGUUUACCCCCGUUUCCCACUGAAACUUGAAAACCUCAUUGCAGCUCCUCUUCCAGGAAUUCCUGAAAGUUCUUUAGAAGCCAGAGGACUCCCGUGCUGGGGAGACAGGGGAAUGACACAGACAGAAAGGGUUUCUUUUAACCCAGGAACUGCAUUGAGAGCUAAGGGACCUUGACUGCUGCCAUAUCUGCAGCUUACAAACUGCACACCUGAUGUUAAAAAAAAUAAAUUUACAUCUCAGUUACUGCCAUGGUUCAAUUUUGCCUUAAAUUCAAUGGGAAUGUACAGUUUUCAGCACCCACCAGGCUUCGAUCAGUGCAUUGACAGCAGCUUGAUGUGGUUGAUAAGAGCAGGUAUUUAUUGUGCCCUGCCAGAGCCAGCAGACCCCUCACCUUCCCCAGUGCCUCCUGCCUGAGCUGGGCUUGAGGAAUAAAGCAAAAGUAGCACACGAAGUCCAGCUGUGCUGAGCCUGGCAGAGCAGCUGGGGGCAGCCAGCUGAGCUCUGUGCUGUGCUGCCCUUCCUGUGGCACAUUCUGCUUUUGGCCAAAAAGGUGCAUUUGCUAAAGAGUGAAGCGUUUAAGCAGCCAUGGCACUGUCUGACCAGGGUUUUGAAUGUAUUUGGGCAUUCCAUGUUCUCUGUGACUGGUGAGGACAGUCCAAAGUGUAGAGCUCAGUAGUCUGAUCUUCCAAAUACUCUGAAGUGUUUUGGUGCUUGUUAAACAUAGGCCUUGUCUAUAAAAAGUCUGAAAAAAUCAUCCUGCUUUAACUUGACUGAGUGAUGCAAGCUAUAUUAGCUUGGACACUUGAGGGAAAUGUUGUAUCAAUCUAAAGGUACUCUUUAUUCCUUUUCCCUGUGGGAAUAUGUUACACCCAUGUCAAUACAGAGGUGGUAUAUCACUCUUUUCACAGUGAGAAUUGCAAAUAUUUACUUGUUUUGGAAGAAAAAUUACAUUCCCAGCCAAAAUCCUUCCUGACAUCGCAGAAAUUGUGUAAACAAGGCCUUGGUUUAAGGCUGGUCUUGUGACCACAUACUUUGCUGUACAUAAUGAUUGUAUUUUUGAGAAGCCCAGCCUGUUGUGCUGCAGGGGAGCGCGUCUGGCACGCGGGUGCCCGUGACUGUAUCCGUGCCCUGUGCCCUGUGCCCUGUGCCCUGUGCCCUGUGCCCAGCCCAGCGUGCUGCUGCUCAGCGUGGUGCUCAGGAUGGACCUCGUGCUGCUCCCUGCCUCUGGACCCGCUGCUGCUGCUGCUCCUCUCAAAGAAUGUACGGCAAGAUGUUUGCAAAGGGCAUUUUCAAUAAAGGGCAGCUGGCUCUUUAUGGCUUCCUCACUCGGGUACUCAUUGUGUGCAGGUGUUCUUCGGGGGCAGAUUUCCUCCAGGAGUCACAAAAUGCAGAAGGUUGCGUGUCCUCUCAGAAUUUUGUGCCAAAGGAGUGGCACAGGUGCAUGGGUGCUCCCAGGAGGUGGAUGGGAGCCAGCUGGAGCCCUGCUGCCAUCAGAGCUCUGUCCCUGGCCAGGUUUGUCCAGAGCCCAGGUGCUCCUCUGAGCCAGCCCUCACUGCGCCCCUGGGCAGAGCUGUUCGUGUUCUGCUGAGACCUGCUCUAGGAGCAAACGUGUGUGAGCUCAGCUCCAAGGGGAAAUGGUUUUAAAUAUUGAUAUUCACAGCUUACAGCCUGGUCCUACAGUGUUUCCUGCAGCCUCGUGCAAAAUGUGUGUGUCAGACUCUCCUUCCUGUCACAUUGCUGCAGCACUGUUUGAGAACCUCCCUUUUGCAGGAAUCCAGCAUCUGCCCAAGCUGUAGAACUUUGUGUUAGAGUCUUUGGUGACCGUGUGUGCGGCAGAUGAGAGGGAUUUGAGAGCAAACUUUCAGUGCAAAAAGCAAAAGAUAUUCAAGUGAGCUGUAGUGAUGAGAAAUGGAGUGCAAGUGUGUUGCUGGGGCUGCAUGUGCUGGGGAUUUGGGCUUUUUUGUUGAUUUUAUGUUUUAAUUUGUGUAGAGUUUGUUAGUCUGCCAUCAGAAAUCCUGCUGUGUUUCCCAUGGAAGACUCAGUGUGUGUGUGUGUGUGUGUGUGUGUGUGAUCUGACUUCACUGGGGCUGGAAUCAGAAUUCCUCCCUUUCCACAGAUGAUCUCACCUCAGUGACCUCAGUUCUGGAGCAUUCCUUAUGGGACAGCCCUUGUGGUGCUGAAGGAGCCCCCACAAAAACUGCUCAGUGAUGAUGAUGAGCAGAGAUGUUCCUGCAGGAAGCUCCAGAGCAGCCAUUGCUCUUUCUCUGUUUUAAAUUUCUGAAGGGUACAACUGCUCCAGCCAACAGCAGGGCUGCUUUGCUGCUGUCCAUGCCAGAGGUGCAUAUUGUGCAUAAGGCAAGAGCUCAAAUCCUUAAUCUGCACUAUCCAGCAGGUCCCAGAUCCUACCCAAACCACUGUAAAAUUGGAAGUCAGUUAACCAUUGCAAGUCAUCCAAGUGAAUCUUAAAAUAUUGGAAGCAGCUGUUCUGUAUUGACUCUGUUUUUCAUUUUGGCAGUCUUGGGUCUUUUGGAGGUUUGGGUGAAGAGCAGACUGAUCAAGAAGCCAUAGCUUUGUUUUGUAGUCCUUGACACAGAGAGAGGUUUAGGAAAAUGGCGCCUGAGAUGUGACUUCAGCUGCAAGGACUUAAACCCCAUUUAUUUCUACAAAGUUCUCUAAGUGAACAUUAUAAAAAGUGCUUAAUUAAAAGAUUUGAUGUUCAGGUACAGACAGAUGCCAGAUCUUUCUCCUCUCCUUGACAGACCAAUAAUGAUUGUGCAAAAAAUGCUGCAGCAAUGAGACUGGACAGAAUAUCAAUAAAUUGCUACAGUUUUUGCCUUUUGAUACAA